GCUCGCGCGCCCAACGGACCAGGCUGGGGCCGUGAGGUAACUGUUGCAGGCAGCGGGAGCUGGGAGGCGACACCAAGUCUCCAGUCCCCAGAGGUGCCCGAGGAAAAAGGAGACGGCGACCGAAGCGGUCUCGGAGACAAGCCCCUUCCGCCGCUCGUCCCAGCCAGCAUGAGGCGGACUCUGCCGCUCCUCAUCCCGAGCAGCGGACACCCCUGGCCACGGCGGCAGGCGCAGCUCUGACGCGCUGCGAGCCGGGGGGCGCCCCGAUCGCGGGUCCGGAGGUCCGGGGGUCCGGGAGCGCGAGCUGCUGGCCCCGUGGCCACCCCGGCCAUGAGGAGGGGCGAGCGAGACGCCAAAACCAUGCGGUACCCGCCGCAGCCGCCGGAUGGGGCCGGCUCGCCCCCCGAGAGCCUGAGGAACGGCUACGUGAAGAGCUCCGUGAGCCCCUUGCGGCAGGACCCUCCGCGCGGCUUCUUCUUCCACCUCUGCCGCUUCUGCAACGUGGAGCUGCCGCUGCCAGCCUCCCCCCAGCAGCCGCCGCGCGGAGCCCGCUUCUCCCGGGCGCGCCUCUCGCUCGGCGCCCUGGCCGCCUUUGUCCUCGCGGUGCUGCUGGGCGCCGAGCCCGAGAGCUGGGCUGCCGGAGCCGCCCGGCUGCGGACGCUGCUGAACGUGUGCUCGCACAGCCUCAGCCCUCUCUUCAGCAUCGCCUGUGCCUUCUUCUUCCUCACCUGCUUCCUGACCCGGCCCCAGCGGGGCUCCGGCCCGGGUCCGAGCGGCAGCGGCGGCUCCUGGUGGCUGCUGGCGCUGCCCGCCUGCUGUUACCUGGGGGACUUCCUGCUGUGGCCGUGGUGGUGGUCCUGGCCGUGGGGCGCCCCGGACCCGGACCUGAACCCGCACACGCCCCCAGCGGCGGCGGGCAGGUUGUUGUUGGUGCUGAGCUGCGUGGGCUUGCUGACGCUCGCGCAGCCGGGGAGGCUCCGGCGCAGCAUCGCGGUGCUGCUGUUCGCCAGCUGCGUCUGGUGGGUCUCCGUCACCAGCCUGGACUCGCUGCCUUCGGUCCUCCGUCCUUUGCUCUCCUGCCUGGUCGGGGGCGCUGGCUGCCUGUUGGCCCUGGGGUUGGAUCACUUCUUUCUGAUCAGGGAAGCGCCUCUCCAUCCUCGGCUGGCCAGCGCCGUGGACGACAAAGUGCCUGUGAUCCGACCCCGGCGGAGGUCCAGCUGCGUGUCGCUGGGCGAGAGCGGCGCCAGUUACCAUGGCAGUGGCAAGAUGCUCCGCCGACCGUCGCUGCCUUGCAUUUCCCGGGAGCAGAUGAUUCUUUGGGAUUGGGAUUUAAAGCAAUGGUAUAAGCCUCAUUAUCAGAAUUCUGGAGGUGGAAAUGGAGUUGAUCUUUCAGUGCUAAAUGAGGCUCGCAAUAUGGUGUCGGAUCUUCUGAUGGACCCAAGCCUUCCCCCACAAGUCAUCUCUUCCCUCCGGAGCAUCAGUAGCUUGAUGGGUGCUUUCUCAGGUUCCUGUAGGCCAAAGAUUAAUCCUCUCACACCAUUUCCUGGAUUUUACCCCUGCUCAGAAAUAGAAGACCCCGCUGAGAAAGGAGACCGAAAACUUCACAAGGGACUGAAUGUUAAGAAUAGUUUGCCUACUCCUCAGCUGAGGAGGAGCUCUGGAACUUCAGGAUUGCUGCCUGCUGAGCAGUCUUCAAGGUGGGAACGCAACAGCAGCAAAAGAUCGAACCAAGAAUUUGGCAUCUCAAGUCAAGGAUGCUAUCUAAAUGGACCUUUCAGUUCAAAUAUACUGACCAUCCCAAAGCAAAGGUCAUCUUCUGUAUCCCUGACUCACCAUGUCGCUUUGAGAAGAGCUGGUGUCUUAGCCAAUCUGAACCCUAUUCAUUCUCCUAGCCAAGUACCAGUAUCUGCUGCUUCUCCAACGAAUCAGUCACCUAUAGAAUUCCCUGAUAUUGUUGACUUUGUUCCGAAGCCAGGAGUUACUUUGCACAGAUCUCUGGACAGUGUACCUAAUGCACAGGAUUUUUCUCAACUUAGAAAUUCUGGUGGCAAUCUGUGUAACAGCUGUGGGCAUCAAAUACUGAAAUUUGUUUCAACAUCUGAGUCAGAUGACACAGCCUGCCACAGUGAAAAAUCAGGUGAAGAAGAUAACACCACUUCAUUAAAAGAAUCACUCAGCUUUAUGAAAACUCAAGAAGAGGAAACAGAGAAGAAAGACUACAAAAAGUUAUUUUUGGAAGGUGAUAAUCAUCUAACAGAAGAGGCACAGAAUAAACAGCAGCUGAAUAUAGAACAGGAUCUAUCAAAUGAGCUGAUUUUAUUGGAAGAUUAUGAGUCAUUAAUAGAGAAGAUGAACAAUUGGAAUUUUCCAAUUUUUGAACUUGUGGAAAAGAUGGGAGAGAAAUCAGGAAGGAUUCUCAGUCAGGUUAUGUAUGCCUUAUUUCAAGACACUGGCUUAUUGGAAAUUUUUAAAAUUCCCACUCAACAAUUCAUGAACUAUUUUCGUGCAUUAGAAAAUGGCUAUCGAGAUAUUCCUUAUCACAAUCGUAUACAUGCCACAGAUGUCCUCCAUGCAGUUUGGUAUCUGACAACACGGCCAAUACCUGGCUUACAGCAGAUUCACAAUGAUUGUGGAACACGAAACGAAACAGAUUCUGAUGGCAGGAUUAGCCCUGGGCGAACUGCAUACAUGUCUUCGAAGAGCUGCUGUGUUCCAGAUGAAAGCUAUGGCUGCUUGUCUUCAAACAUUCCUGCGUUAGAGUUGAUGGCUUUGUAUGUGGCGGCGGCCAUGCAUGACUAUGAUCACCCAGGGCGGACAAAUGCAUUUCUAGUGGCUACAAAUGCCCCACAGGCAGUUUUGUACAACGACAGAUCUGUUCUGGAAAAUCAUCAUGCUGCAUCAGCUUGGAAUCUCUAUCUUUCUCGGCCAGAAUACAACUUCCUUCUUAAUCUUGAUCAUGUGGAAUUCAAGCGCUUUCGUUUUUUAGUCAUUGAAGCAAUUCUUGCCACAGAUCUUAAAAAGCAUUUUGAUUUCCUUGCUGAAUUCAAUGCCAAGGCCAAUGAUGUAAAUAGCAAUGGUAUAGAAUGGAGUAAUGAAAACGAUCGCCUGUUGGUAUGCCAGGUGUGUAUUAAACUGGCAGAUAUCAAUGGCCCAGCUAAAGUUCGGGACUUGCAUCUGAAAUGGACAGAAGGCAUUGUCAAUGAAUUUUAUGAACAGGGAGACGAAGAGGCACAUCUUGGUCUACCUAUCAGUCCCUUCAUGGAUCGAUCUUCUCCUCAACUAGCAAAACUCCAGGAAUCAUUUAUCAGCCACAUAGUGGGUCCCCUGUGUAACUCCUACGAUGCUGCUGGCUUGCUGCCUGGUCAGUGGGUAGAAACAGAAGAGGAUGAUGAUACUGAGAGUGGUGAUGAUGAAGAUGGUGAAGAAUUAGAAACAGAAGAUGAAGACAUGGAAGACAGUCUCAAUCCCAAACCACAAAGAAGGAAAGGCAGGCGGCGGAUAUUUUGUCAGCUGAUACAUAACCUCACUGAAAACCACAAGAUAUGGAAGGAAAUAAUUGAGGAAGAAGAAAAAUGUAAAGCUGAGGGUAAUAAACUGCAGGUAGAGAAUGCUUCCUUACCUCAAGCAGAUGACAUUCAGGUCAUUGAAGAAGCAGACGAAGAGGAAGAACAACCGUUUGAAUGAAAGAAAUGUUACACUGAAGAAGCCCAUUGGGCUGUACCCAGGGUCAGAGAUCAUUGCCUUGCGUUCACUGUGCUGACUUUUAAAUGACCAUUCCCUUGUGGAUAAGCCUUAAUACUGUGAGAGGAUCCUGGCUGUGCUUGGAGUUGCCCACUCCUGUGCACUUUCACUAUUUGAACUCCACAAUCAUCCUUAGAGAUAGGAUUCAGUUCACCUAUGUUGCAAGCCCUUCCUUAACACCUUCAUUGGCGUGCAAAACUACUUCGUCGCCAUGCUGCUUUUUUGGAGGGUAGUGAGCUCUUUCCAUGGGGAGGGGCUAGCUAUAAAACUAAAGAUUCAAGUGACUUACUUCAGUUCCAAAGUGACCAGAACUUUUUCCUUUCAUGAAAAAGUAUUCUCAAAUAAGUAUUGUAUAUCUCUUGAAUGUUUUGAGAAAAACAAAAAAUGCCUGUGCCUAUCUAACAAGGAAUCCAGCAUUGCCCUCAUGAGCGAUUUCUGCUCUAUGCAAUACACUGUUCAGUGCUGUUCUCCCAGCUAGGUUUAUCCGUGAAGGACUGAGCAACUUUUGUGAUAUUUAACAAAAUUCAGGUUCAUCAAUUUCUGAUGCUUCUUAUUGUUGUGUAUUAUCUACUAUGUAUGUUUUAUUUCCACUCAGAAUGUUCAGGUUUGGCGUUGACAUCACAAGUCUGAAUUCUAGUUUUACCAACUUCAUGUUUUGUAGCUGAAUUUUAAAGCUGUUUAUAUUUAACAAUGAAGGAGUUUUCUUCUGUAAUCAAAGCUGUUCUUUUUACUCUUGCUCAGGAUUGGUUAUUUUUAAAUUUUUAGUUGAUGCAAACAGUGCAGAUUUGUGAGAAAAAAAUAUCCUAAUUUAAAUGUUAACUUUUCAUGAAAUGUAUAUAAUUUUCUUCCUUCUUAAAUGAAUUUGAAACUAAUUAAAGUUAAAGAAAAGAAGCCGUCUUUUGCCUUAACACAAAAUUUAAAUGACACUAAUUCUAUCACAGAUAAAGAGCAAAUAUACACCUUUGUCGUAUAAAAUACCUGAAGAUUUAGGCAGCAGCCACAGUGAUAGCAGGAUGGCAGACAAAUGUUUUACAUUAUUAUUGGAGGCUAUCAUAUUUUACAUCAAAGGAAUUCUGUAGAUGAAGAUAUUUUCCUUUAAAAUAAAAUAUUGGCAGGCAGUUUCUUAUCUAAAUCAGGUUUAUCUGAAAACUAUCACAAUCCAUUAAUGAUCUAUAGAAGUGCUGGCAUUUUUGAUCCUAUAUACUUUGAUUAUUUGGUGAAUCAUUAAGCUUAUUUAUUAUAUUGGUUAUGUGUAAAGUUUCUUCUUGUCAGUUUUGCUACUAUUAGCAUACACUUUGUAAACUGGUCCGACCAUACACUAGCAAAUAAUAAAAAUUUAAAUAAUUAUUGAGUCUGCACUCAAAAAAUAUAUGUAUGUCCUGUACAUAUAUCCUGUGCAUAUAUACUCAGAUUUCUUUGUGUCCUGCAUAAAUGUAUUUGCAAUUUGUUUCUCUCUAGAAUGCGUGAGUGUGUGAUAUUCAUA